AUGUCUGAUAGCUGUAACACCUGUCUGAAAUCGCUUAAGGCCAUCAAAGUGAAAGUGUCAUGUUGCGACUGCAAUAAAAACUUCCAUGGAAAGUGCGUUAGCCUAUCCGCUGAGGACGUAAAUUAUUUAAUGGAGCAGGGCGACUUGUGGCGAUGCAAGCCGUGUUCCCAGCAACGUCGAAAGAGUAUGGCGCUAGAAUCCAAGGGAACUGUAACAUUUGAUGACGUUAUCAAACUUAUUGAAGAGCUUAGGGAGGACUUCAAGCGUGUGGAAACUAGUCUCGGCGCUUCAAUAGAAUUCUGUCACAAUGAAGUUGCAGAAGCUAGGAAGACGGUCGAGGAGCAGAAAGGUGAAAUUUCCAAGUUGGUGAAAACGGUGGAUGAACUGAGAAGUGAAAAUAAUGGGCUUCAAAGGAAGAUAGCUGAUCUUGAGCUGAGGGUUGAGGAUUGUGAGCAGUACUCGCGUCGUAACACAGUAGAAAUACAUGGAGUACCGAUGCAGAAAGGAGAAAAUGUUGUUGCAAUCGUCAAAGAUGUGGGUCGUUCGCUAGGGUAUCCAAUAGAUGACACGAUGAUAGAUGCAUGCCAUCGCCUGCGUUCCAGGGUGGGGUCUGAGAGGCAUCCUGGUAUCAUUGUAAAAAUGGUACGGAGGCUGGAUUCAGAAGAGCUACUCCAGAAACGCCGCGUGAAGCGCAACUUCAACACGCAUGACAUGGGUCUGACCUCAGGACCCGCGGUGCCGAUCUACAUUAAUGAGAGCCUGUCACCUGCUCGGCGUAGCCUCUACAAUGCGGCCCGACAAGUGAAAAAAGAUAAGAACUUUGAGUAUCUAUGGGUCAGAAGUGGUAAAAUUUUUCUAAGAAAGAAACAGGGAUCAAAUGUGAUAACUGUUAGGAAAAUUGAAGACCUGAAAGAUUUGUAA